AUGGAAAUGUUGCAGAAACAAUUAAAUAAUUACAUAUAUGAGGAAAAAAACAUAGGUGGAGGAUAAUUCAGUGAAGUGUUUUUGGGAUUUGAAAUAUAUACAAAGGAGAAUGUGGCUAUUAAAGUACAAAUACAUUGAGUUAAGCAAAUCGAUUGUUCAAAAAUGAGAGACUAAAUAUUGAUGUAAAUGAUGAGAAAUGAGAUUGGAAUUCUGAAAAUCAUACCUAAAUAGUAAAAUAUUUUGAAAUUUUAUGAUGUAUUUCAAAAUAAUUAACUUGUUUACAUUAUUACUGAGUAUUGCAAUCAAGGUAUAAACUCUCUAUUUAAUCAUAGGGGACUUAUAAUAGUUUAUUUAGAAACAAUAAAUAACUGAAGAUAUAGCAAUUGAUUUAAUCAUUCAUAUAUUAAAUGGUCUAUAACAUUGCAAGAAUAAUUGUAUAUAUUUGAUUAUAAGAACCUUAGAUAUUAUUCAUAGAGACAUUAAACCAGCAAAUAUAUUUAUGAAUAAUGGAAUUCCUAAAUUAGCAGAUUUUGGAUUUGCAUUAUGUAAAAACGUUUAAAAUGGAGUUGAAAUACAAAAUUAUAAUGUAGGUACACCUAUGUAUAUGGCUCCAGAAACUUUAAUAAAUAAUUAAUAUAGUUUUAAAAGUGAUUUAUGGUCUGUUGGAGUAGUUUUAUAUGAAAUGGUAUUUGGAUAAUAGCCAUUUAUAUCACAAACAGAACCAGAAUUAGUAUAAAAACUUAAAGUUUAUUAACAGAAUGGAGUACUUUAUUAUCCAUUUUAAUGUUCUCAUUAUUUGAAUAUUUUAAUAUAGAAAAUGCUUUAAUGGGAUAAAUAAUUGAGAUGGUCAGUUGAAUAAUGUUUAGAUUAUUUAAGUUAGAGAAUAUAACAAAGAUUGAAUGUAAGCCAAAAAAAUAUUCCUUAAUAAUACCAUCAUAUUCGAAGUCUUACUCCAAUAUAAAUAGUUUAAUAAUAAUAGAAAACAAUAUUACCAAUUCAAUAUUAACAAUAAUUCAAAAUAUAACAAUAACCAAUAUAAAUAAAUAAUUAAAUUCCUAUGUAGAAUUAAAUAAUACCAUAAUAACAAUAUUUACAUAUUAAAAAUCCUUCUCCUUAUUCUGAAAGAGAACCUUUGCAAUAAUUAAAUGGAUUGUUAACAACAUAUAAUAAGACUUCCUUCAUCCCAAUGAGAUUCCCAUCAGCUCAUAGGGAAAGUCUUACUACAUUAUAAGAUGACUAAAGACGUAGUACUGUGGAAUCUUUUCAAUAAGAUAAAUAUAAUUAACAGUUUGGCAAUUUAAUGUAUAAAAUUGCAAAGCUAUUUAUCAAUACAUCAUAUUUUGAAUAAUGUAGUUUGGGUAAAAUGUAUACAAGAACAGAAUGCAUGUUUUUACAACUCAAAAUUUAAUUCUGUCUAUUAUAAUGUUGCAUUCAAAUAGUAAAUUGAUGAUUAUACAUAAUUUAGUUUUAACCCUAUAAUCUUUGCUUACCAGAAUGCUAAGUUAGAUUAUUGAAUGUGAAAUAAAUUAUACUCUAAAUGCCUGAUUAAUAUGUCAAGGAUCCUAGAUUCAUGUCAUUAUUCAAUAAUAAUUGGAUUUUGGAAAAUAUCUUUGAAUAAUUGAGAGAAUAUAAUUAUUUGGCAAUACAUUUGAUAAAUGAUUAUUUGAAUAAGGAUUGUAGCCAUCCAUAAUUAAUAAUUAUACUAGAUUAUUUAGUUAUUCUUCAAAAACUAUUGAAACGCUUUGUAUCUAGUUUAAGUUGGAUGGAUUUUGAUAAGAGUAACAAUAUAGCUGCCAUUGUAUAAGCACCAAUUAAUCCAAAUCCAAAUAAACAAUAAUGGGUGGAGAUAUGCAAAAUAAUCUAUAGAGAUAUUGUCAAAUGA